CUGACAUGAAACAUCUGCAAUAUUUGAAACUGGAUUUUAAUCCAAUUCAAUUCCCGCCAAAGUCUAUUCAUUGUUUGCCAAAGGGGAAUGAAAAGGAAGUGAUGCUACCUUGGUUGGAAGGUUUAAAAGAAUACCUGAGGCAACAUGCCGCCGGGAAGGAUUCCAUAGAAAUGGAAGAAAGCGAUAAAAGCAGUGGAGAGGAAGGAGUAGAAAAGGGUCACAGCCCGCGUGCCAAACCAUUAAAGAAAUCGGGAUCGGUGGAAAGCAUGAGCCAUGGAACCACAAAUCUGAACUUACGAGUGUCUCCUGAGAGUUCAAAUCAUCUGAACACCAUUUCGGAGGAUGGACACGUGGUUUCCAAACAGGAAACCAAACGACAAAAUCUCAAAUUAAAUUUAGAUUUGCCGGCUGCACGUCGUGACCGAAGUUAUAGCAACGAUUUUGACCCGAUGUUAAACAAUCACAAAGUAUUUGUCAGACAACAUUCGAAAAGUUUCUCGCAAGAUUCCGUGAAUUUACAUGGCAACCAGAAUGGAAUUUCAGAGGAAAGAAGUAGUGAUUUCUAUUUUCAAAAGUUACUAACACUUCCCCCCACGGAACGUCUCCCCAUGUAUAAUAUUUCAUUGAGAGAAGCCAGCCAAAAUAUAUUAUAUGCAUUUUCACAAAUCCAUAAAUCUCUACGACAAUUUGUGACAUAUACGGGAAAUGAGAGGAUCUUUACAACGGAGCUUAACAAAGCUAGCAUUUUGAUAGGACAAUUGAGUGCCACACUUCAAAGAUUUGAUACUUAUGCGUUAAAGGCGGCGCUCGACAUAGAUCACUGGGUUAAGUUGCUAACGGUCGUACAGGAGAACAUUUCUUGCUUUAAAAAUUUGAUGGAAUUAUUGUACAAACGCCUCAAGCUAUUGACUCAAUAUUCGGACAAUAUUCGUUACUCUCGCACGCUGCUCUUGAUGCUUCACGGGGCAGUGGCAGACAUCAAAUUUGCGUGGGAACACAUACAUCCCUUAUUGACAAAUGACUAUACUCCCUACACCGGAAUGGCAGCAACUCCUUCGCGCGCACGAGCAAUGUCACGUUCUAACAGUAACAGUAACAUCAAUGGUACUUCUUACUCUUCCGUCACACCCACUUCUUCACAUUCAAAUGGAUCGUGUACUCCCUCUACUGCUGGAAUGUCACCGUUCCCAACAGGACCAUAUAAUCCUUAUACGGACAUUUCUUCUUCGACCCUUAUAUUCGAACAACUUUUAGCAUUGGUCGAGAAUUCCAUUAAGGCAGUGGAAAAUGUGAUCAAAUAUUUUAGCGAACAAUUGGAUGGCGAGGGACCUCAACGACCUUCGUCACCUGUAAAAAACAAGAUGAAAGAUUUGAGGGCACAUGUGAACACUGUAUCAGAGGUGACAAAACGAUUAAAGAAGCAAAUACUUCACUCGAAAUUUCAGGCUCAGAAAGAUUUGAACAUACAGCUUAAAAUUUAUAAGGAUACCAUCUUAUUCCUUCAGAUAACGAUAAAGAUGUCAACGAUGGCCAAAGACCUCUCACACGAUUGGCAAUUGGACGGCAAAGUUAUGACAGGGUUAGGUCAUGUAACGAAGUGCAACAUAGACCUAACAAAUUUCUUACGUGGAAUCGAAGGACCAGGUAGUGCGAGUCAACCACAAUAUUGGCCAACAAUUCCCGGGCAACCAACUUCGAGUCCGGUUGUGGAACCCGAUAAUGAAGAAGAAUUUAAAGACAGGGGAUUCGAUGAGCAGGAUCAUAACGAUGUUAACGGAAAGAAUGAAAAAAUGGAGGAGGAGGAGGAAUGUAAUGGAGAAUAUGAAUCUGUGACAUAUGAAGAACCCGAGGAAUACGAGGUUGUCGGUGAUUCAAUACAAGGUGACGAGGUUGUUCAGAAUGGUAUAGUGAGCUUGUCGUGA